UACAGGUAAAUUUAAUCAAUGUGAACUUAAAAAAUAAUGGUUGGAAUAAUAUUUUAAGCAUGGGGCAUUGGCCAGACAUGUUUUAUAGUCUGAGUAAGUUAGCUCUGUUAACACAUACAAUAUCUAACAUUGAAAACGAAGAUCAUGAUAUAGAAGAUACAGUACCAUAUCAUUCAAAUAUUAUUGUUAUCAAUUGUUUAAACUUUGAAGAAUUUGAGCAGUCUUUAACAAAGACUACAGAAAGUCCGUAUUGGCAUCCUUUAGGAAAUGUUGUUGUUCUGUUUAGAACAAUUCAAAACGAUAUAACUAUAGCAAAAAUAUUCUUUAUUUUAUGGUAUUUCAAAUCUCCUAAUGCUGCAAUAAUACAAUAUGACGAUGACAAAGAAGUACUAUAUUUGUCAAGUUUUGAGCCUUACGUGUAUGAAAACUACACACUUCCAUUAAUAUUUGGAUGUUGGACUACAAAAAAAAUCGGCAUACCAAUAGAAGGUUUUCAAAAUGGAUUCGCGUGUGAAGAAGGAUGUUAUAAUGUAUCUUCCCAAUCAAAAUUUCGAGCUAACAAUCUGGGCACCUGCAUUGGAUUUUAUACUCGAUCGAUACCUUACAGUGAGUUAAAAAUUGUAACCAUUCUUGGUUUGUUUGAGCCCAAAGGCAAAAAUCUCCACGGGUUUCCUCUACGAGCAUUUACGACAGAAGUUAAACCAUUUCUUACAAUAGAAGAGGAAGCGAAUAAUACAUAUUCAAUUGGAGCUAGAGAUGGCGAGUUGUGGAAAGCUAUAGCAGAAGUCAUGAAUUUCACCAUUGAUCUAUCUCCGAGCGCUAGCGUAAUGAAACUACCAUUUAAUUUUGAAUUAAAUAUCCAACACAUUUUUUCAUUAGGCCAUAGGAAGGCAGAUCUUUUCCUUAUACCAAUAUAUCAAAUGGAUUUAAUAAUUGUAGCAUUGGAUCAAACAUUUAUCAUAGCUGAUAGUGGAGUUUGUAUAGCGGCUCCUAGAGCAGAAUUCGAAACUAUUUUAUUUGAUUUUAAACUCUUACAAAACAAUUACAUCAUGAUCAUAAAAUUCAUUUUUAGUUUUUUAGGAUCUUGGAUAGUGUUUUCAGUAUUCAAUAUUGCUGAAAAAGGUGACAUAAGUUUAGAUCAAAUAGGGAAGGAUUUCCUUAAUUGUAUACGAAAUAUUCUAAUUAUUUCAUUGUUAAAACCUCCUAAAAAGGGGUCUUUUCGAAUAUUUUUAGGCUUUAGUCUGUGGAGCUACUUCAUUUUAAAUUUCGCUUCUCAAGCAGCUAUUACUUCUUUCUUCACGGCUAUGAAAAAAGGAAAGGAAGUAGAAACUUUCGAAGAUGUAAUUGAAAAGGGAUAUAUUAUUGAAGGUAUGGCAUCCCCAGAUGUAGUUCUUCCAGAUACAGAAGAAACAUUCACAAAGAUCAAUUCGAAAUUAGUACCAAUUAACAAUUUAUUUACAUGUAUAGAAAGAAUGAAAAAUGAUAGCAGGAGGUUUUGUCUCAUAGAUUGUGAAGUGGGACGGUAUUUGGAGCGAAAUGAAUUAAAUUAUAAAGGCCAGCAGUAUUUACAUAUAAUUAAAGACAAAAUACAUAAUCACUAUUUAAAUAUGAUAUUUCCUAAACAUUCACCAUUGACGGAGCAUUUUAACAAACAUGUGAUGGCAAUAUUUGAAGGAGGUCUUGUAAGAAAAUGGGAACAAUAUCGUUUUAGUGAACUAAAACAAGAUAUUCCAGUGAAGCCUUUAGGCGUGGAAGAACUUUCAAGUAUUUUUAAAUGCCAUUUUCUUUUUUUGGGUAUUACUUUUAUGUUGUUUGUUGCCGAAGUAACUUUUGGUAAUUUAAACAAAAUUGUAAAAAGAAAGACACGUACGUAG